UUUACUUCUUUUUUUUUUCUUUUUAAUUCAACAAUGAACUUUGAAGAAGAGCAUAAUUUAAAGCGUCCUCGACUGGACAAUAUCAUUUCACAACCCCCAUUCAGCAACAUCUUGACAACAUCUACUGGACACAUGAAGAACCAUUCAACAUUAUCUGAUCGAACAAUAACAGUACAUAACCUGAGGCUUCAUAAGCCUCAAUUGUCUACUGAAUACGAGCAUAAUGCAUGGAGCACUUUAAAACAAGCGAUCAAGGCGAUCAAAUGUCAAGAGUGUCCACAGGAAAGCCUUGAGAUCUUGUAUCAAUCCUGUGAGUGUCUAUGUCAAUAUGAUAAAGCUCAGGAAUUAUAUGAUUUACUUCAUAUGGAAUGUCUUGAGCUUGUACAGAACCAAUGUCACGAAUUAAGUCGAAAUCUUGAUAGUAAUGAGCAUGAUUAUCUAAACAAGGUCAAUGCAAUAUGGAGAAGUUACUGUGAUCAAGUGUCUCAAAUCAAAAGCCUCUUUCUCUAUCUCGAUCGCACUUUCUCAUUAAAUGCAAAGGGAGGCUCUAUUUGGGCCAUGUCUAUGGAUCUGCUUCGAUCUAGUUUUUUAGAGCAUGAACAGAUACGACAAAAAAUGCUUUCAAGCAUAUUGGAAUUGAUUCGAAUGGAAAGAAUGUCUGAGGAAAUUGAUGUGCCUCUGUUGCAGUCUAUCAUUCGCAUGCUGCUUGAUCUAAACCUGUAUCAUACUGAGUUCGAACCGGGACUACUUGUGACAACUAGAGAGUUUUACAAGGCUGAAGGUGAUAGUCUGAUUAGCUCAAGUCCAAUGGGUGACUAUCUCGAUCAUGUAUCUACCCGGGUUCAUCAAGAGUCAAUUUUAAGAGUGAAGCGAUACUUUGAUAAAUCGACCAAGGCACCCUUACAAGCAAUCGUAGAAGAAGAAUUGCUGACGAAACGAGUGACAGAUAUUUUGGAUAGAUGCUUCAGCUACUUUCAUGAAAACUAUCUGGUCGACGAAUUAUCCUUGCUAUACAGACUUUUAAAAAAAGUGGGACAGUUGGAUAUAUGUGCCAAAUAUUUUAUAAAUUAUGUCAAGACAAAGGGUUCUUCAAUACUCUGUGAUCGAUUACCGGUACAAGAAAAGAUGAACAUUUUAUCUACGUUCAAGAAAAAGAAUGAAUACAUAGUUGAUCACAGUUUUGAAGGCGAUAAGCGAUUUGUAGAUGGAUUAAAGGAUGGUACUGGAUACUUUAUUAAUCUCAAGGAAAACAAUGUUGUUCGUCUAUUAGCCAAACACGUCGAUAACGUGCUAAAAAGCGAGAAAUUUGAUGAAAAGCAGUUGGAUCAAUGCAUUUUUGCCUUUCAUCAUCUCCAAAGUAAGGAUGUAUUCGAAGCUUUAUACAAGAAAGAUCUUGCAAAACGACUGUUACUGGAUACAACCAAUAAGAGUGGGGAAAAGGUGAUGCUUGCCAAGAUGAAAAAGGAGUGUGGAGCUGCAUACACAAGUAAGUUGGAAGGAAUGAUUCGGGAUAUAAAACAGUCAAACGAGAUGAUGCAAGAAUUCAACGAAACGGUUCAACUGCAUACACCCUUGCAGUUAAAUGUCAACGUGUUAACGCAUGGGUUCUGGCCAUCGUAUACGUCUGUUAAGGUGGACCUGCCGCACCAUUUACAACAGAUAGAAGAUAUUUAUACAGAGUUUUAUAUGCAAAAGUAUCCAAGAAGAAGACUGACGUGGCAAAACCCACUGGGUGUAUGUGAGGUAUAUGCAAAUUAUCCAAAGGGGUCCAAACGUAUCACCUUGACAUUAUUACAGACAGUCGUUUUGCUCUUAUUUAAUGAUAAAACGCGUCAUUAUUUAUCAUUCGCUGAUAUUAUGUCAUUUACAUCGCUAGAUGAACUUGAGCUUAGACGCGUACUGACAUCACUCUUAUGGAAUGAAUACCCUCUACUUCGAAAAGAACCUAUAGAUCAAGAAAUCAAUCCAACUGAUUUGUUCUAUUUUAAUGAUAAUUUCACUUGCUCUAGCGAUAACCUUAAAAUGACCACAGCAACCUUGAACGAGGUCAUUGAAAAAGACGCAGAAUUAGACAAGACAGUCUUGUUGAGUAGAGAACAACAGAUAGAUGCAGUAAUUGUAAGGAUCAUGAAAUCAAAGAAACAACUUGGCCAUGGCUUAUUAUUAAGCGAAGUAACAUGUCAAGUUAGAUUUCCGGUUACUGCACAGGAUAUCAAGAAGCGUAUAGAAGUGCUCAUAGACAAGGAGUACUUGGAACGUAAUACAGCUGAUGAUAGCUAUACUUACUUAACAUAGCCUCUUUUUUCUUUUUUUCUUCUAUAAUCAAAGAUUAAAUCAUUACAAUGUAUGAAUCUCGAAAUAAAUGGUUUUAAUUGGGCGUUCGAACGUUAAUUUUGGGCGAAUGAAUAUCAAUAUUCGAAUUGGUUACCAUUUUUAGGCAAACAACCAUUUGGGUUCAGAUGAUUCGCUUACCUUUUUUGGACGACUACUGAAAGACACCAAAGAGAUUGCUAAAAU